GUUCAGUCCUAUUAUUUAAAUUUUGAAUUUAUUGAUCACUGGGAAUUGGUAUAACCGGGAAUAACCAUAACCGUUCUGGCGAUCUCUGAAGUUGACAUUUCAGUUUCAGGCGUCACUUCAGUUCAGCUGUUUUUCUGUUUUUGGCGGUUAUCUAAACAAAAGGUUAUGAUGUUUGUGUAGGGUGCCUUUUUCUUGAUUACGAUGUAUGUGGACGAUAUAAAGCAGGAUUUUUAUGAAUUUUUAUCAGGAAAGAGAAUAUUUCUAAUAAUCCACUACGACAUCGACAGCAUAUGCGCUUGCAAAAUUCUCCAGUCCUUACUGAGAUACAAGCACAUAUUGUACACGCUUUCUGUGGUGAGGGGCAUUGAAGAUCUCAAAACGGCAUAUCGGGAAAAUUGCAAUGACGUGAAAUACUUCGUGCUGAUCAACUGUGGAGGAACCGUAGACAUAGUAGAAGAACUAGAGGCUGAAGAAGACAUCACUUUCUUCAUUUUAGAUAGCCACAGGCCCACAGAUUUGUGCAAUAUUUACAGUAAUGGACAAGUCAGGUUGUUGUCCACUGCUGAAGAAGAUGUUGCAGUACCUGAUUUUCAUGAUGUUUUUAAGGAAGAGUCUGAUGAGGAGGAUGAUGAAGAGGAAGUGGAUGAUAGUGAUGGUGAAACCAGAGCUGCUAAAAGAAGAAGGUUAGGGGAAGAGGAGAUUGUUAAGAGGAGGGAGAGAAGACUGUGGGAAGAUAAUCGCAAUAAGUUGUUAUUUGAGUAUUCCCAAUUCACAUAUUAUGCAAGAGCUAGUGCCAUUAGAAUAUUUGAUCUUGCCUGGAAGCUGAACAAAGACGACAAAGACCUACUUUGGCUGGCCAUAAUUGCUUUGACGGAACAAAUGCUUCUAGGCAAGAUAGAGGACUCCCAGUACACCUUAGAGGUGGGCCCCCUUCAGUCACAUGCCACUAGACUGCACAACAGAACCAAUGACACUGACGUACUGACAUCACUGAAAAUCACAUUCGAGAAAGACUUGAGACUCACCCUGUACAGACAUUGGUCGGUGGAAUCGAGUUUGAAGUACUCCAUGUUCCCGGCAGUGAAGAUGAAAUUGUGGUCGCUGAAGGGGGAUAAAAAGUUGAAUGAGUUACUGGCUGACAUGGGUUUUCCCCUCAUUCAAAGCAGACAGGCUUUCAAGAGCAUGGACUUACAAUUGAGGAAAGAAUUUCAUGAAUCUCUAGAAAAACUUUCUGAAAAAUACGGUCUUCAAGAUAUAGUUUAUGCAUCAUUUAUAUUACAAUAUGGAUACAGGAGUAAAUAUUGUGCUUCUGAUAUUGUUUUUGCCUUAAUGGCAAUACUGGAAUCAUCACCUAGAGAUAAGAAACCAGAAGAACUGUUCAAUCUUGCCUUGGAUUGCUUAUCAAGGUCUAAAAAGGAGGUUUUAGAUGGGGCUAUAGAAAGGGCAAAAGUGAUAGCCAAAACACUGUUCAAAACUGUCCAGAGUGCUUUGGAUAUGAAACAGAUCAUCAAUGCUGGGCCUUUUGUAUAUUACAUUAUACAAGAGGGAUGUUUGGAUUGGUACAUGUUCUCCCAUCAGCACAUUUUGUCACUGCUAUCGCAUUUUUUAUUGCGAGCAUAUGUUGCUAUGUCGAGAAAUCGCAAAGCCUCAACUCUACCUCUGAUAGUUUCGGCACCUAAGAAUAUAGAAACGGGUACAUGUAUCCUACUCGGAAUACCACCGUUGGGUGAAAACUCACCAAAGAAUUUUUUUGGGAAAGCAUUUGAACAGGCAGCAGAAAGAAUAAAUUGUGAUGCCACAUGUGAUUUUUUUGACACUUCAUAUUUUGAAAUUCAUACUAAAGACAGGACGAGGUUUUUUGAUGCAUUAACCGCCUUACUCAGUUGAUAUAUAAAAAAAAACUAUUUUAUGCAUAUAAUUUUCAACAAGUACAAAGUAGGUAAUGAAUGAGUUUUAAAAAAAUUGUUCCAUGUAAAUAUUUGUAGAGUAGUAUGUUAUUAUUUAUUGAAUUUUGUAUAUAUUUUUUCUACUGUCAAUUGUAUAUCGUAUGACCAAUGAAUUAAAAGCACAUAUUUUU